CGCGUCGCCCGGGGUCCUUCCGUGAGCGUUGAUAUGAUUGGCCGGCAGAAAUCAACCCUCUUUUCCUCCCCGGCUGCUUGAAGACCUGCUGCCAUCAUGAAUGACACAGUAACUAUCCGGACCAGGAAGUUCAUGACCAACCGACUACUUCAGCGGAAACAAAUGGUCAUUGAUGUCCUUCACCCUGGGAAGGCAACAGUACCUAAGACAGAAAUUCGGGAAAAACUAGCCAAAAUGUACAAGACCACGCCAGAUGUCAUCUUUGUAUUUGGAUUCAGAACUCAUUUUGGUGGUGGCAAGACAACUGGCUUUGGCAUGAUUUACGAUUCCUUGGAUUACGCGAAGAAAAAUGAACCCAAACACAGGCUUGCAAGACAUGGCCUAUACGAGAAGAAAAAGACCUCAAGGAAACAGCGAAAGGAACGGAAGAACAGGAUGAAGAAAGUCAGGGGGACUGCAAAGGCCAAUGUUGGUGCUGGCAAAAAGAAAUGAAGUGUCUAGCAGUGAGCUGGAGAUUGGACAACAGAAGGAGUAAAGAUUCUGCAGUGACUGUAUCUGUGGUGAUUGUGCAGAUUUUUCGUGAAAGGAUUAAUAAACUAAAAACUUAUACGUG